CGGUAUCCCACAGUAGAACGUAGUCAGCAGACUUCCGAUGGUGACUCUGUGCCAAUUACCCGAUAAAGAUAGGGGCUAGCCCGACGCUUGUAGAGUAGAAGAGUAAAGUAAGCUAUACUAUACUCUUUUCUUCCCAACGGUCCUCUUGGCUUCUCCCCGGAGAGAGAGAGAGGUGCACUGUCACGAUCGAAAAGGGGGGCGAAGUUUUGGUCACGUGAUCAAUGCAUGUGCUCUAAUUGGGAAUUUCAAUCUCUGGCUGGCACACACAGUUACUCGGCUCUCGCUGUCUUCUCUUCGGACACUGAAUGUAUCAAGUGCUGAAGUCGGGAUACACACGACGUAAGUCAAAGUAUGGCGGAGAAUGGGGCGGGGAUUGGACCGAGGGACGCCGCUGUGAUGGAGGCAAUUCUAAAGGAGAUGGGAGUGGAGGACUUUGAACCCAGUGUCAUUCACCAGAUGCUGGAGUUCACAUACAGGUAUAUAACAGGAGUACUGGAGGAUGCCCAGAUAUACAGUGGCCAUGCAGGGAAGAAGGAGCUGGAUGUGUCAGACGUGAGGUUGGCUGUCCAGACACGAGUUGACCACUCCUUCACCACUCCCCCUCCUCGAGAUUUUCUGAUCAAUAUAGCAAGACAGAAGAAUUCCACACCCCUCCCCCUCAUUCCUGAGAAAUUUGGCCCCCGCCUGCCCCCCGAGAGGUACUGCCUCACUGCCAACAACUACAGAAUAAAGGACAGAAAGAAACCACCAUCACUAUCCAAGCCCCAAGUCACCCUGUCGGCCACGUUCCGUCUCCCUCUGAGUAAACAGACCACCACGACAGCGACGUCAGUCGGAGCCUCACUCAAGUCCCAGCUGAGCAGUCCUCUGCUGCAGGCAGCGAGUGCCCCAUCUCCCUCUCUCGCUGCCUCCACACUACCUCUGCUGGGAACCACACAACAUGGCCUCACCGGCUCACAGAUCCUGGUUUCACAAGAGAUGGAGAGAGAGAGAGAGACGGCAGUUAGAGUGCCUCGCCAUCACAACUUGGUAUGACUGUGUAACUGUAGAAACAGUGCUUCAGAGCAUACUGUCAAGUUAUCUCUUUUUAGCGAGCCCAAAAGCUGAGAGGAUGAGUGUUCUCCAUAGCAGCUUACGGGUUUGCUCGUUGCAGCAUGCUUUACAGCGAGGGACCCUCCGAGAUAGGGAUGACCUCUUUACAAAGGGCACAUGUUUCAACCCCAUGCUAAUACUUUGGUGUAUUUUUGACCUCCGAGAUAAGGAUGACCGCUCUACCAGGGACAAACACCAUUGACCCCAUAGUGCCCCUUGUUUGGGGGUUCCACUGUAUCAGAGUGUUGGGAUUUGAACAAACCAUUAAACCAUACAUAGACAGGUUGUAUGUGUGAGCUGUUUCGGUCACCAUGUCUUGCCACAGAGUCUCCAGAGCUCAUCCUCAGGCCUCACUCCCUCCAACAGUAUGCCCGUACUGGGAGGAGGUGGAGGAGGAGGAGGAGGAGGGGGGAAUUCUAGCACCAAUAACAGUAACACCACCUCCACACCUGUUCUCAGUAUGCCCCUUUUGGGCAAGAUGCAAUGAUGACACUGAUUCUGUAAUCACAAGAAUGAUCUGUAAACCUUUUGCAAAAUACUAUUUAGAACACUGUCACAGAAUUAUUAUGGACAAUUCACAAAGAAAGGCUAAAGCACUAUAGCAGGAUCAUUCACACUAUUUAUACCUUUAUCUUUAAAAAAUUGUCCCAGUACAAAGUGAAAAGCACUAAAGUGCAAACCAUCGCGCGAACUGCGCAUGCG